GACUUUUCGAAGGGUAAAUAAAGAGGAGUGUUUCAUGACAAUUUCAUGAAACAUAUUGGUGGAAAACAAUUCGUAAUUCAGUUUCAAAGCGUCUCAGUACCGAGAGGUUCCUCAACAUGUCUCACAAUUCCCAAGUGCGUCAAAAUUUUCACAAAGAUUGCGAAGAUGCCAUCAAUAAACAAAUCAACUUGGAAUUUUUCGCCAGUUACACAUAUAUUUCGAUGGCCGCCUACUUCGACAGAGACGACGUCGCUUUGCCGGGUUUCACCAAAUAUUUCAAAGAUUGCAGCGUAGAAGAGAGGGAGCAUGCUUGGAAACUGAUCGAAUAUAUGAAUAAGAGAGGAGGUCACACAGUUCUCACGGAAAUAUCUGCUCCAGAAAAACAGGAAUGGGGAACUGCGCAAGAGGCAAUGCACGCAGCCCUAGAAUUAGAAAAAAGUGUCAAUGAGAGUCUACUCCAUUUGCAUAGUGUUGCUUCAGGUCAUAUGGACGUCAAUUUAUGUGAUUUCUUGGAGACACACUAUCUUCAAGAACAAGUCGAUGCUAUCAAGGAAAUAGCAGAUCAUGUAACCAAUUUGAAACGAGUUGGUGAAGGAUUGGGCACUUUCAUGUUCGACCAACAAUUACACAGCUCUUCUUAAAAUUGUACUUCAUUUACAUAUAGGCAUUAUAGGAAAAAAUGGGCUUUCUCGACAUAAUCUAGAUAGGUUACAAUGAAUUUCUUAAAAUCCUGUAAUCAUUUUAUUGUUAUGGAAAUUCAUUCAGUGAUCAAUGAUAUAUAUAUUGAAAUAUUUUAAUGGUUAUCCACGAUUAUUAUUCAUUCGAACAAAAUGUGCAUGGAUCACUUUUUGAACAUUGGAUCAGAGAGUAUCGUCUGAUGAAAUGGUUAUUUAGAAGCUCAGACACUGUUUUUAUGUAACAUUAUAGUCAAUAUAUGAAUUCAAUUAAUAGUUGUUGAUAAUAUUAGUGAUAUUAAAAAUUAAAAAGGUUGAAAAUUUUUC